AUGUCGCUUCUGCCCGCCACCUUCUCUCUCCUCAAGCAGUCGUCCUGCUUCAAGUCACCCGCAAGACGGUUGCCUCAACAAGGCAAGUUUUCGCAACUCGAAACACAUACACGCAACCAGUGCAAUUCCACACUCAGGCCCGGGGGGAUAGACAUAGAGCGUUGGGCAGUACUGAGGAUGAACAGACAAACAGAUAAACUGACAGACGAACGGAGAACCGGACGAACGAUGGAGCAAGCAGUGGGCAAGAUUGUGAGUAGGCCAGUGUGGACGUCUGAGGACGGAAUGGCCUUCAGAUGA